GUCUCUCCUCGAGCUGCUAGCCGUCGGUGUGUGUUGUUGUUGAAGCAAUGAUGGCGGCAGCGGGAUGCGGAUCAGCAACCGCGGCUGCCGUAGGAGGCCAAGGUGGAACCGCUACAGCCAGGGGUCGUUUCCCCGGUCGGCCUUGGUCGUCACGCAGUCGUUUACGCUCCGAAAAGCGCUGGCAACUCGGACGAUCGGGUUUAGAAGCUGAUGAUGUGACUAACGGAGGGCCAAGGCCCACAAACCUGGUACUGCCGUUAAACGAAGACCAGUCUCACUUGCGCUUACUUGGGAUAGAGGCGAGCCACAAGAGCCUUGGCCAAGCUGGGUACAGCUCUAGUGGGAGUGAAGAGGUGAGGUCGCAAACCGAACCAGGAGGAGAUGACUUCAGAGGAUUUGAAGCUGAGAGAACAUGCUCUAAAGGACCUGUAUUGUCCCGACAAAACCCUUCCAAAGGUGAUGCUGUCAACACAAAGUCUAAAAGACAAAGUGAGAAGCUACUGCCUAAAGCGCCAGCUGUGGAUGCAGCUAUUACCACAUCUGAUCGUGUAAGAGAUGUAAAAGCACUGGAGGAAGUCCAUGACUUUUCUCCUGAAGCGCAGCCCGCAAAGGUUCGAAGGAAAGUUUCUAAAGCAAAGAACACUAUGGAUCGUCAGGCCAGUAGAAGCGGAGCCUCAUCAGCAGCACCAAGGAUUACUAUAAAGUUGGUGGCCAAAAAGAAAAUGAAAACUUUAAAAGAACCUCACAAAAAAUCUGCUAAAAAGCUACUCAGAGAAGUUCAGGAUCAUUCUGAUGCCAAGGACAUUUGGGAGGAUGAGAUUACAAGUGCUCACCUCAAAAUUAAAACUGAACCCCUUGAGGAUAAGCAUGGCACCGAAGAUAAGGGAGGGGGUACUUUACCUGCAAGGAGGCGUGGGAGAUCUGCUUCGAAGGCAACAGAACCCGUAUGCCAGGGUGGCGCCAAAGUUGUGGUAGAUGACCAAAACACAAAAGACAGAAAAUUGGAUGAUCAGUUCGACACUGUUAAGAAAAUUGAUGCAGUAGAGACAAAAGCAAAUGUGAAAAAAAUUAAACAUAAAGAGAAUGCUGCAGAACAAGGUUUAGAAGCCAAUCCACUAGUGAUUCGUAGGAGCAAUAGAGUCACCAACCCGCACUCUAAACAAGUGUCAGAUGGUGCAGCUGAAACAGAGAACCUGAGUAAAACUGGUGCCAAUGCGGCAGAGUCAAAACCUAUCUCUAGAAUAGUGGAAGCCAAACCAUUGGUAAGAAGUGAGAGACGGAGGCAAAGCAAGAGGCUUAAUAAGGAUGUUAUAGUGCCAGAAAACCAAGGUUCAUUAUCCACAGAGACGGACUUAGCUGUUCAACACAGUGAAAGCUUGUCUUUGAAAAAUGACGAAAUGAGGGUUCCAAGUUUAAAGUUGAUAAAAAUCAAAAACCCAAAAUACAAUGUGCAGGCCACUGGGAAAAAUUCGUCUCGAAGGAAAGCGCGGAGAAAAUUCAUCUGGACACUAACAUUGGUGAAGGGAAGAGGUCAGAAGCAUGUUGCUGCAAACACUGUCGGAAUAGCAGAGAAGAUGCUGAGUGAAGUGGACCCGUCGACUUUUUGUGACACCAGUGUCAACAAGACUUUGAAAGAAACUGAUGAAAAUUCUACACUGGAUAAUUCAACCCCUGAAGAGAUUAAAAGCACAGAUAAGAAUGAAUGUUCUCAAAACAUGGCUGACACAUCAUUUGAGGAAAAGUCUACUUUACAGGUGGAAAUUGAAAUGGAACACAUCGCUAAAACCGAUUGCGACAAAGUUGUCCCACCACUUCAGAUCAAAAAGGUCUCCUCCCCUGGUAAACAUAAAAGUUCGAAGCCAUCCUUUUUAAUUCAUCAAGUUAGUCCUGUGCCUGAAAAAAAUGAAGAUAUUGUGAAAGAGCUAAAUGAUGUUAUGGAGGAUACUUCAUCGUGUCUGGACACUGAUGUUAUGCCGACUAGGAGACUACGGAGGAGAACAGCAAGCCUUGAAUCGCCUCAGAAAAAGUCUGCUAGUCAGAAGCCAAUGACCACUCAGAAACAAAAGCUGAGGCAGAGUCCACAGGACAAAGAUACUCUGCAGGUUGAUGUUGAAGAUUCUUCUCAGGUUUCAAUUGAAGAUUCCAGUUCACAAGUUCUUCCUGAAAACGCUUGUCAGGUUUUGGCUGAGGAGGUCCCGCAGGUAACCACUGUUAACUCUCCUGAAAAUCCUGAUAAGGGUUCCUCUGAGGUUGCUGACGUCUCACAGGUGCCAGUUGAAGUUUCUCCAAAAAAUAUGGAAAAUAAGCUACCAGAGAUCACAGAGGCCAAACCAAUGCCUGUGCCUUCUAAACCUAAAAGAUGGAGAAAUAACACAUUGGUGAAAAAGAAGUCCACUCAGAAGAAGAAAACUGUUGUCCCGUUGGAAACUGCUGUAAACACAGAGUUGGCUACAGUCGAAGCCACUAACACAGAAUCUCUGCUAAAGGAAGAUGCACAGCCUUCCAUAACAGUGGAGAGUCAGCCAGAGACAGACGACUGUAACCAGCCUGCGGCAAAACAGACCAUUGAGCCAGUAGAAGAGCAGAUACACCCAGCAGUAAAAGAGGAAACUGAUAUUCAAUUAAUAGAUAGUCAACAAUCUUUGGUGUUCAAAACUCAUGAAAAUGUUCCACAAACAAUGUGCCUAAAAGACAAAUCUCUCAAAAAAAUUAAAAAGAAACGUAAAGGUUUGAUUGAACAGCAUCAAAAACACAGGCUUAGAGGCAGAGAUGGGAAGUUUGCUCCACUUAAAUUAGCUGAAAAUCAGAGAAUCGUUGAAGGAGACAGUGAGAUUUCAACAUCAUUGACAACUAUCACAUCAGAGCCAAGUCCAAAACUUAUUGGAGUACAUAAAAAGUAUAAGAAGAGACGGUCAGGCCUUCAGUUAAUCUCAUCUAAAAGGACCAAACCACAAUCCACUAAAAUACUUUCUAAGCUAAUAGAAAUGGGGCUCGACAAAGAUAACUUGAAGGAGGAGGAAACAGACAUUUUAGUGGAUGGAGGACAUUCAAAUGUUGUAGAUGCUCAACCCGGCAAAUCAAAGUUUGUCAAAAACAUCAGGCAUUUCAUUAUGCCUGUUGUAAGUGCCAGAUCUUCACGAGUGAUCAAGACCCCACAAAGGUUUAUGGAUGAUGCUGGAAUGUCUGUAUUGCCUCGAAGACACUCCCCAAAGAAGGGUUUGCAACUGGGCCUGCCGAUACGCCCAGCAAAGAGGCGAGAUGAUGGAACAGAGAGAGCAAUAUCCCCUAUACUGGCAGCUGAUGAAGAGGACAUAUUGAGUGAAGCUCAAUUGGACGUUGAUCUGUUUUCAGCUCAGGACCUAGAUGACAGCCUUGAUUUAGCUGACGGACUAUUUUCUGAUCGAAAGGGUGGUCAAAAUGAAAAGAGGGUCUCUUUUCUAAAGAACUCCAGUCUCAAAUGGCACCUGCCAGAAAAUCCUAACGAGGAAGUAUAUGCACUGGACAAAGCUCCAGAAAAAAAAUGCGGGGAUUUAUUUUUGUCUACACCAAUUGAUAAGCCUGCAGAAUUAUCUACUGACCUCCCGGAUGCUCAGAAAAAGAAAAGUUCCCUUAAGUUUAAUAAGCAAACCGCUCACCUCAAGAUUUUUCAAAGACUAAAGAAACCCCAGACAGGGCUUACCAAAAGCAAAAACACAUCAGAGAUGGAUAAGCCAAGUAAACCUCUUCAGUUCCCUGUUGAUUUAGCAGAAGGACUUGAUGAUGAGGCCAUGAGCAUUAGCCUCAGGCAACGGAAUACAACUACAGAGAAGGAGAAGUCCAAGCUGAAGAUCGAAGAUCUUGAUUCUCCUGGAGUUGUGAGAAAGGUUUCAGUCUGUGUUAGAACUAUGAACUCCAAGUCUGUUGUGUUGCAGCCCAGGAAAAGGGAGGAUUUCGCAGAGAAAGACUCCGCCCACCUUCAGUCAGAAGCGCUGCGAUCAGAACAGAAGUCAAGCACAGCUGGGGGGGAUAUCCUCCCAUCCAUGGAGAAGGGAUCUUCACACAGGGCACGACUUACUGGUGCAAAUAAACGAAUGUUCAAUCUCCUCAGGAAAGCCAAGGUCCAGCUCAUUAAAAUUGACCAGCAGAAGCAGCUUAAAUCUUCCGGGCUCUUAUCUGGGCCAGCUAGUGCCAGGUCUCGAGAUGUGUCCUCUAAGAGACAAAGGAGAAAACAGAGAACACAACCCAAUCACAAACCUGAUAUUCCAGUCAAGACAGAACCCGCUCAAGGACAACCUCAGCUCAUCUCCCCACUGUGCCAGGAGUUUCGUAGAGCAGGAGGCCCACGUAUCAAACACGUGUGUCGCGCUGCAUCUGUGGUACUCGGACAACCUCGAGCCUUGGUACCAGAUGACAUUCCUAGACUUAGCGCCUUGCCUCUGCAUGAAAGAACUGGCAUAUCUCCAUCAGAAGUCACUAAAGAUGUUGGGUCUCCCUCAGAAUCAGACAGCCCUGGACUGUCAGAUCCAAAAGUCACCAAGGUAAAGAAGCCAUCAGGUUUUGUGAAACGGAAAGGACUUGGGCCGUUUGGGUACCGUUCCCGAAGGUGUGGCAUCUGCAAAGGUUGUAACCACGAGGAUGACUGUGGGAGGUGCAUGAACUGCCUUGAUAAGCCCAAGUUUGGUGGACCCAAUACCAAGCGCCAGUGUUGUGUGUAUAAAAGAUGUGAUCAAAUUGAAGAGAGAAAGGCACGCAGGCUAAGUGGAAGAUUAGCACCCAAAGGUUCCUCAAAGCGACGGCGAUCCUCUUUCAGUGGAGGUCAUUCCAGCAAUGAUGAAGGUAAUGAUGGUGUUAUGGACUCACCAUCAGGUCUCCAAGGUGACGGCCACAGCCCCUCAGUGAGGAAGCAGCCAAAGCGUGUUGUGAAACCCCGUGUGUAUUUUGACCUGGUGGACUAUGAGUCAGAUUUUGAUGAAAAAGGCUUUUCGAGCUCUGCCUCACCAGCCAGGAGAAGGGGUGGAGGGCCCCGUUUCAACCAAGACUUUGUGUCAUUAGAUGGAUUCCUCGGAGAUAAUUCGGAUGAUGAGGUCAGACAUCGAAAAUCCAGCUCACACCGCGUACCCACUGGGAGACGGAAACCUGAAAAGGUUCUCUCAUCUCAGGGUUGCUUGGAGCAGACUCCUCCCAGUGUGCUGGCAGCACUUGCCCAUGGAUUUGAGCAGAGGGAUGUUGAGCCUUCUAAACCUACUCACAAAAUAAGGGUUGACUUCAAGGAGGACUGUAGUUUGGAGAACGUCUGGAACAUGGGUGGUUUAAGUAUACUGACCUCUGCACCAAUCAUGCCGCCCUAUGUCUGCUUUCUUUGUGCCAGUAAAGGGCAACAUGAGAUGCUUUAUUGCCAAGUGUGCUGUGAGCCCUUCCACCAGUUUUGCCUUGAACCAGCAGAGCGCCCCUCUGAUGAGAACAAGGAAAACUGGUGCUGUCAUCGCUGCAAGUUCUGUCAUGUGUGCGGCAGAAAAAACAAGCAGUCAAAGCCUUUGUUGGAGUGUGAGCGAUGCCAGAACUGUUAUCACGCUUCUUGCCUGGGACCCAAUUAUCCAAAACAGAACAAGAAGAGGAAGGCCUGGGUUUGUAUGACAUGCAUACGGUGUAAAAGUUGUGGUGUCACACCAGGGAAAACUUGGGACACUGAGUGGAACCACGACAAAGGCCUCUGUCCAGAUUGUUCAAAACUCUAUGAACAGGGAAACUAUUGUCCAAUCUGCUUCAAGUGCUAUGAAGACAAUGACUAUGAUAGCCAGAUGAUGCAGUGUGGUACCUGUAACCACUGGGUACAUGCCAAGUGUGAGGAUCUAACUGAUGAGCUCUAUGAGAUCCUGUCCAGCUUGCCGGAGAGCGUUGUGUAUUCGUGUCGGCCAUGCAGUGUGACUCAGCCCAGUGCCUGGAGAGAGCUGCUCUACAUUGAGCUCAGGUCGGGCGUGGAGAAGGUUUUAGCUUGCUUGCUUUCCUCCACUCUCACCCAGCACCUUGUUACCUGCUCACAGUGUGAAAAGUUGGUAGAUCCUGACAUUGGCGAAGAAGGACAGCCAGCCUGUGACCUCCGAGCUGUUGGCAAGAAGUUUGACAAAGGACUUUAUACCACAUUGAAAAUGUUUCACGAAGAUGUGGUGCAGGUGGUACGAAAGAGGCUUCAGCAAGAGGAGGAUCUUCCGGAGGAGCAGAGACCCACUGCCCUGGCACGGUCUUACUACUUGAAGCUCCUGGAGGAGGUAUUUAAUUGGUUCAACAGCCAAGACCCAAAGGUGUGGAACCCAUCUACCAAAGACUUGCCCAUGGGGAUGCUGUCACAUGCUGUACAUCCUCCUACAGGAGAGCAUGUUUACGCCCAGUGGCAGGAGAGGGAGGAGCUCAUAUCUGGUGCACCACCAGGGCUCCUACAAGAGGACAAUGGUCAAAGUUUAGAUGUAAAGGAAGAAGAAGCAGCUUCUCCAAUGUCUGGGGACCCAACGAACAGGAACCACUUCAGAAGCAGCAGGGUUGUUGGGCUCAAAUUCAAAGGAAAACGCGGUCGACUGUCAAAGUCUGAUCUAGACACUGGCUGGUCCGAGGAGGAUGAACGACAGUGCUCCUUGUGCCAAAAAUAUGGAGACCUCAAACCUAACGAAGCAGGCAGGUUGCUGUACUUGGGUCAAAAUGAAUGGGCACAUGUGAAUUGCUGUCUGUGGUCAGCAGAGGUGUUCGAAGAGGAAAAUGGAUCUCUUCUACAUGUACACAGUGCUGUCACAAGAGGGCGCUUGAUGAGAUGUGAACGCUGUAACCAGACAGGUGCCACAGUGGGCUGCUGCCUGACCUCUUGUCAAAGCAACUAUCACUUCAUGUGCGCGCGCUCCCGUCACUGUGUGUUCCAGGAUGAUAAGAAGGUCUACUGCUACAAACACAAACAUCUCAUUAGUGGCAGGAUGAUAACUGGUCAAGAGUUUGAAGUAAUUCGCAGGGUGUAUGUGGAUUUUGAGGGGAUCAGCCUCCGCAGAAAGUUCUUGACUGGACUAGAGCCAGAAUUGAUCAAUGUGAUGAUUGGUUCUUUGCAGAUCGAUGAACUAGGUGUACUGACAGAACUUUCAGCUAGCAAAGGAAAACUGUUUCCUGUGGGUUUUCAGUGUUCUCGUUGGUACUGGAGUACAGUCAAUCCACUGCGCAGGUGCAAAUACACAUGUAAAGUCCGGGAGGUCCGACCCAUUGUUCCUGAGAAGCCUGUAGAGGAGAUGCCUGACCAAGGGGAUAAUCACACCAUCUCUCACAGCCCCUGUGCAUUACCUGAAUCUAAAGCCCAGGAGUGUGAUUUGGCAGAACUUCUGUCUUCAACUGAGGAAGCCUUCGUUCCAGGACCUUCAUCCAAGACAGACCAUAGUGCAAGGCCAAAGAUUCCCAGCUAUCCUCAAACCAGGAGACCAGCUGGAGGAAUGUCUCGACCUCUUCCGUCCCCUGGAUUAGCCCAUUUGAAACCUCACCACAUAUUCACCUUAAGUGAUCUGGAGGAAACUAGAAGGGCUCGUCGCAGUCACCUAUCCCCUCCUCCUCUGGGCCCUGUCACUGGACCAGUCACCAAUUGUAUAGGAAAGGCUUCCCUUCCCUCUCCCCCCUUGUACUCACUUGGUGCUACAGACACUGUGAUUAAAUCUCCACCGCCCCGCACAGUUGUAAGUAGAAGCACUUCCUCAGUCCGAUGCCCUGGGAAUACAAUGGCCCACUGCACCUCAACAAUCUUUCCUCAGUCUCCCUGGCAGGAUAAUAUCUCAAGCCUUCCCUCUCCAACUCUGUCCUUCCCUUCAUCCAUUCAGCAAAUACCCAAAAGUCGAUUUUCACUUGAACUCAACCAGUCGGAUUCAGUUGAGGUGCCACACAACUUUUUAGCUUCCCCUGAGCCUGAAGACGUUUCUCCAGCAAACGGUACUUCACCCCAGGAGGACUCAGACCAACAUAAAGAUGAAGAAGAAUUCCCCUACAGUUCAUUCCACAAGGGUCCCAAUAUAAGUCUGUGUCAAGAGAUGCGAACAGAAUUGGAGAUUGAGGAGACACUCCUGAACGAAGGUGUGGCAAUGAACUGCGGGGGACAGAUCGUGUUGGAAGGUGAUGAUCAGGAAGAAUUUUGGGGAAAAGCUCAAGAGGUACACAAGAGGAAAGCCCUUGUUGCCAGCUUGCCACGUGCUGCAGCCAGGGAUGACUUGGGGAGCACCUCUUCUGAAGAAGAUAUGGAGGAUUAUUUUGAUUUUUCACGGACAAUAGUCAGUCGCCCUGGAUCAAAAGAUCUUUCCAAGUCUCCCUCCUCCCCUGCCUCCCGGACUAUUGCUCAGCUGGAUGGUAUUGAUGACGGCACAGAAAGUGAUGCAAGCAUGGCAACUAAUGAUGAUCCAGGUCAGAUCCAAGCUAAAAACCCAAAUAAAAAUAUUCCUGAAGCUAAAAAUGGCACACAGGCUGCUCAGAGUAUGUUCCCUGGAGUAUCGUCUGAAGAUAAACACACAAGUUCUCCAUCAGUCACCAUGUUGGUUACCAGCAAAGGUUCUACAGUUAGUGUACCUCAACAUCCACCACUCAAAGCUCACAGUUCUGGUGCUUCAUUAGUAAAUCAGGAGACCGUGCUUCCUUCUCUACUUCACAGUGCCCUAUCUAACGUGCACUCAAAGGUAUCUGAGACCUCCUACUCUGAGGGUCUGUUCGAGGCUUCCAGCUUGGAGUUUGCUGCAGAAACGCCUCUUAUUCUUCAGAGAUGUGAGGCUAAUGCAAAUUUAAUUAACACGGUUCCUUUGCUAGAAGGCACAGCCCAGUGCCAACAGCUAGAAGCUUGUAAAACCCUGAACUCAGAUCCUGACAGCAACCAUUUUUUGACAUCACCUGGUGGGUCCUCAUUGGCAGAUGCUGCUGUUAACAAUAAUGGCACCCUCCUGGAGCUACUUCAGCCAUCAACUUUAUUGCCUACAGAUGUCCAAACCCCAUCUCAAGGGCUUGUUGAUUCCUUGCAGAUGUAUUCCUAUUUACCAGGUUUGAAUCAGCCAUCUCUAACAAGUAUCACACUUGAGCCAGUAACAUCCUCACAACAGUCAACAACCUUGCCAUCCACGGAUCCUUCAUCUACUAAACUAACCACCCUCAGUCCUGUUUGUGAUAUGACACAAGCAUUGCUAAGUGUUACCCCUCACAAUGACCCAGUGCUCUCAGCUACAGUAGGAACCUGUACCCCAGCAGGCACGUGUGUCUCCUUACCAGUCUACUCUACACAAACACAGCCCUUAGGUUCCACAGCUGUCACCUUUGUUUCCUCCUCUGCUUCAGUGGCACCUCUUUCUGGGUUGUCGGCACAGUACUCAACUGCUGCAAUCCAAACCACAUCAGCACCUAUGAUCUUAAACGGUUACUGCUCUUCAUCUGUGCAGAAGGAAGCCACAUCUGGCCACACAAUCUCAAUAAACUUUUCCACUCCAAGACCAGCUUUAGAACCUCAACAGCCAGUGCUACCCCAGGCGUUACCUGGUCACGCAAUUCUUACUGUGAAAGAAGUGGGUGGUCCAAAUGUGGAUCCUACUCCACAUGUCCUGCUGGUCAACCGCCUCGGGCAAAUCUUUGUGAAAAACCCAGAAAGCAACACUUUCCAGUUACCCACUCCCAACUCCCCUUCAUAUAACUGUGUUACCCAGAUUGCAAGCCUUUUGCAAAGCAGUGCACUGUCAGCCACACUAGCUGCAGCAGGUAACAUGACUGCUGUACCUCCCGGACCCAAUAUGGUAACAACGGUUCCCUCGCCAGCAGCUCCUGCCGUUCAGAAUCCAACCACAAUUGCACAGCUGCUCACUCACAAUAACAAUGGUGCAGUGACAUCUGUUAAAACAAAAAAGCCAAAAAAGAAUACAAAAACGGCAAAAGGUGAAAAUGUUCCAGAUUUGAAAAAAACAAAGAAGAAGAAGGAGUCCAGUGCAUCCAAGAAAUCUAAGUCAUCCAAGUCCGCAGGGCAGCCUGCUCAGUCAGCCGAAAAUGCUUCUAUGACGCCUGCUGAAAGUGCCCAAGCAAUUAUCAAUCAGGCAAUGGCCAGUAACUACACCCCUAAGUGGAGUGGGCUUCGGACACUAAGCCCGUCUUCCCUUGUUUUACCACCUGGCCUUUUAAUUGAACCGGAGUCUAAAGUCUCGCCUCGGUCUCCAUCACCUACACCAACUCCUGCUCCCCUGCCCCGUCCUCGCACUCAUGUCCGCAUGAAGAGAGUGUCAUCACUUUCAGACCGAAUUGUCACAAAGAAGUGUAAAGUUGACUUUCUGCAACCAGACGCUAUCACUGAGGAGGAGGAGCGGAGUAAACCUCCCUUUCCAGCCAUCUCUAGCAGGGCUUCAGGAGUUCGCAUCAAGACCCCAACAGUAAAAGAAGUUCUCAACCUAGAUGAGUUGAAGGAGGAGCAUAUAAGUGAUUCUGAAAGCUCCGGGUCAGAGCCUUGGGAUUAUAUGUCUCGAGGUGAACAAGGCAAACAGCAGUCAUGGGAACCAGUAGGACAUAGCGCCAUGACUGACUGGAAGAAAUACUCUGGUGCCGCUUCUACCUCAGAUGAUGAACUACCUCCAUCUGAGGAGGAUGAGGAACGUCCAGCUAACAGAGACCUGCCACACUUAAGAUUUGAGAUAACAAGUGAUGAUGGUUUCAGUGUAGAGGCCGACAGUAUAGAAGUGGCUUGGAAAGCAGUGAUUGAUGGAGUGCAGGAGGCACGAGCACUCGCAAGGUUAAGGCCUCUGACCUUUCAGAGGAUCACCGGGGCCUAUAUGAUGGGUCUGGUCCACGACUCAGUGAUGUUUUUACUGGAGCAACUUCAAGGAGCCCACCGCUGCCAGCGCUACACUUUCCGCUUCUUCAAACAGUUCAGCCAAGAAGACGACCUGCCUGUCAAUCCUAGUGGCUGCGCCCGCUCUGAGCUCUAUCUUAGAAAAUCAACGUUUGACAUUUUUAACUUCCUGGCAUCUCAGCAUCGACAGCUUCCUGAUAUUGGGCCUUAUGAUGACGAGGAAGACGACGUCCUCUUGAAGUCCACAAGACGAGCUACUAGUUUGGAGUUGCCUAUGGCGAUGCGCUUCAGACACCUGGAAAGGACGUCCAAAGAGGCUGUUGGCGUGUACAGGUCUGCUAUUCAUGGUCGUGGUCUUUUCUGCAAGAGAAACAUCGAAGCGGGAGAGAUGGUUAUUGAAUAUGCAGGCAUUGUCAUCCGGUCAGUGCUCACUGACAAAAGGGAGAAGUACUACGACGGGAAGGGUAUUGGCUGUUACAUGUUCCGCAUUGACGACUUUGAUGUGGUGGAUGCAACCAUGCAUGGCAAUGCUGCAAGAUUCAUCAACCACUCCUGCGAACCCAACUGCUACUCGCGGGUGAUAAACGUGGAGGGACGGAAGCAUAUCGUCAUCUUUGCUCUGAGGAAGAUCUACAGAGGUGAGGAGCUGACCUACGACUACAAGUUCCCCAUCGAAGACGCCAGCAACAAACUCGGCUGUAACUGCGGUGCCCGGCGAUGUCGGCGCUUUCUCAACUGAGACGUCCCCUGAAGUAAAAAAAAAAGGGGAGGAACCUAUUUUACUAGUAAGCCUUAACUCAAGAUGGCACUGGAUUGGGUUUGGGGAGGCGGUGGGCAGCUGUGGAGCAGGGGUAUCAGCCACUAAAACUGUUGGACAUUUUAUGUAUCGGAGGUCGGCUUGCACAGAAGGAUUCAUUCACGUCUGAUGAGUUUGCUUUCAGAGGAUAUUUCUGAAAUUACAGCCCAGCAGUGACAUCACAGCUACACCUUAAGGAGGAAGUGGUUUUGGUGACCAUGACAACAAGACAUUUAAGCCGGAUAUAUAAUGUGUGUGGGCUUCUGGAUCUAUAUUAACACCAACAGAAUUUCACACGUCAAGCCUUAUCUGUUUGAAUCAUUGCUGAAAACCUAUAAGUAGAUUAUCACAUAUGUUUUAUUCUGUUUGGGGGGUGUUUUUCUGUAGUACACUUGUAAUCAUGAUCGCUCCAUCCUUCAGUGAUGGGAACAUUAUAGCCCCAUCUGUGUAGUGGUGAAGUCAGUUCACGAGCCAUACGUUUAUUCAAACCUUUCUGUGUUUUACCUUACAUUUAACACUUCUCAGUCAUUAAUAUUUUUUCUCUUUAGGCUUAUUUGUGUAAAUAACAAAACAACCAUGGUGCUAAGCCUUAGAAGCUUCGGUCUAUAACGUCCUGCGAAUCAGGAAUCAUUCAGCUGUUUAUUCACCCUGCUGAGGUUGUGUAUCUUAUAUUUAUGCGUUCGAGCAAUUCUCUUAUCUUCACUGAAAUCUGGUGUCUGCAAAGUUUCACCCUUUGAUUUCAGCUCUGCUAUUUUUCACCUGCUCUCUUUCCUGUGUGCAGCUGAAAACAGACUAUGGCAGUUGUCGUCAGAAACAUAGUGUCAUAUUUAUAAAGAUGGAAACAUGUUCUUUAAAACAUGUUUUUUUUUCUUGAUGUACAGUAUAUGUAGCAAACACUACCCAAGCCAAAAGUGAAGAGUUGUGGUGAAUAUCAGUUUUUAAAAGUAUAUUUUAUUACUCUUAUGGCGGAUGCUCAUUAUCUAUUGCAAUAAGACUUUGCUGCCCUACAGUUGCACAUAAAUAACCAUCAGACAUAGAAAUUCCCUUUUUUUUUGUGAAACUUGGCACAGCUUAUCUCCUAAUCAGGGAAAGCACUGGUAAAAAGCAUCGCCACUGAGUGUGUGCAUUCAGCUCCCGCACCAGGCUCUGAGGAGCUGAGAGAAUGCACUCAGCACCUUAACGUACCGUUUAAUAUUGUUCUUAGUCGAUGUUCAGUGCUGUCAGUGAUGAAUAGAAUUGAAUUCACACACUGUUCAAAUUGGUAGUUCUAUUUAUUCAUGUCUUGAGUUGUAUUUUUAAUGAUAAAAGUUUGUGCUUUGUAUAAAUGGUGGUGGGUGCGUCAGGAGAUCUCCCCCAUUUGUGUCUUUCUUCGUUUACAAAUCUUGUCCUUUUGUUUCACUAAUUUACUUGAAUUUUCUUUUGGGGCAGUUAUGCAUCUAAGCCUUUAUGACAAGUUGUUCUAAAGCAGGUAUUUUUAAAGAAUCAUUUUUAUUUUUGUUCUAGUAAUUACUGACGGUCUUAGGAUCCACCACAGGAGUAAAGUGAGCACUGUCCCCCCCUCCCCUGCCCAUUAUCAUUUCUUUACCCUUUUCCUUUCCAAAUACUUACCAUGAUUUGUCUUUUUUCUGUUACUUUAAUGGUUUCUUGCAUUUCCAAUCACUGGGAUGGAGCCCAGAUUAUCUCGUGUCAAUCACCUUGCUGACAACAAAAGCAGGCACUCCCAACUCCUUGCAAGGAUUCUACCUCAGCUGUUCAGACAGAUGUUUGGGAAUACUGAUGCAAAAAGAGAGGAUGAUAAGUUAAGAGUCGCUUGGUUUUAAUGUCCUACAAAUCUGGUUUGUGCGCUUGUGCGUGCGUGCGUGUGUGCGCGGGAGUGUGAGUAAUGAAGGAUACAAAGCACUAGUCAAAACCUGUUGUCAUCUCUCCCAGGAUCUGUUAAAAGAAGCUGUAUAUUAUAAAUAUAUACACACACAAACACACACGUAUCUAUAAAUAAAUAUAUAUAUAUAUAUAGUAGGAUUAUUUUAAAGUAAAUGUAAAAGACAUAAACAUGAGAAGAUAUGUGAUCUUUAAAUUUACGUCUUUGUUACCAUGUACAAAUAAAACCUGAGUUUGUAAAUAUUUGUAUACAUAUUUCUAAACCUGUUUAAUUUUUCUAUGCACUUUUUUUAUUUAUAAUGUUAUUUGCUUAAUAAAGAUGUUAAGAUGUUUGGAAAACAUUGA